CUUGCAUGUUUCUAAAUGUCACCAGGGAGCAGAUUAGAAACAUGUUUUUAUAGCAGUACACAGUGUGUAGUACUAUGUGAUAAUCUACUGAUGGCAUUUCUUUUCUUUGUAGCAGCGCAGGAAUGUAAAUGGGAGAAGAAGGAAGAAGGAAGGAGGAGAGAAAAAGAUGAAUGCUCCAAUGUCAGCCCGUCCCACUCCUAUUCAGUACAAAUGCAGCACAGCAGAGCUGAGCCUGCAUUCCACCGCUGCUGACGACUGAUCCUGACCCCACACAAACACACACACACACGCACACACAAAGGCUCACUCUUACACGCUCUCACGUCACACACACACUCAUCAUACCACACUCACAGAGCCGCUGAAACCCAGACUGGAGAUGCUACCGGCUGGCAACCACUGACAACCUUCAGAACUCAGUUGAUCCAGACACACUGCACCUUCACCUCCAGAGAGCCACUCUCCAUACACUCCUACUGCACUGAGGAAGAGCACUUGACAAAGGACACUACAGUGACCUCCAGCAGUUUGGACCGUACCUGACUCCCAGACUCCUUCAAAGAAAAGGCAACCUGACUCUGAGCGGAGCAGGAAAAGGAGCGCUCAUACCCCACCGCUGAAACACGACCUACUGGACAGAGAAACAGAGGGGCUGACGGACGUCUCUGGUACCCGGGGAACAGAGGCAGGAUGCUGGCAAAAAUCCUUGAGGACAUGUGGGUUGAGCCGGAGGUGCUGGAGGCCCUGAGUGAGGAGCAGAAGAGGAUCCUCUUCCUCAAGAUGAGAGAGGAGCAGGUACGGCGCUGGAGAGAGAGGGAGGAGAGGGAGGAAAGGGAAGCACAGGACAACAACAACACCAGGCCAAAGAAAGCUUCCAAUAAGCAUGUGAGAUGGCUGCUCGGUCGGGACGGAGAUGUGAGCGUCAUCGUGAUCGGAGAGGUGGAUGAGUUCAGGUCCUCCAAACUCCUUCAGGGCCUCAUCAACAAUAGACUCCACAGUGAUAAUAUGAAUGGCAUCCAGACAGUGGACUUGCUGCCAGGAAGAGAGGCCCAGCAGCUCGGCUUUAAAGAAGACAUUCAGCUGCCCCUCACAGAUGAUGACCCGACUUCACUGAGCUACCAGUUGUCUGAGGAGGAGAUGGACUCCUGCGGCGCCUACGACGACCUGAAGGACCCCACCGAGGACAGCGACAGUGAGUCCGGCGGCAGCUCGGACAACCUCAGCGACUGGGCUCCUCUCUACAGGCCCCAUUUUAGUAGCCAUGGCAACCAGCCGCCACUCAAAUCCCAGCUGUCAGACACAGAGAGGGCCGGCCCACAGGACAGAGAGAUUGUGUGCUUCGAAGGGAAGAAAUCAGAAUACAGAGGUCGCGUGGCGCAGCUCAGGAAAGCUUUCACCGACGAUCCUCACAGCACACCACCUGCCUACACCAAGCCUCCUGUACCUGCCAAGCCUGCUCAUCUACAGGGAAGAAGCGCACCUUUGAUCCAUUAGGACUUAAGGCGUAUCCAGCCUGCUUAGAGACAACACGGUGACCCCAAAGAGCCAGAGCUUACUGUACUGAGUGUAACAAGCCCUGUGCAGAAAAUAAUGACUCAGUUACACACAGUUGAUCCAGGCCGAGGCCGCAUACAAUUCCUUAACAGGAUCCUUACUUUAACCUGGGCGGUGAACUGAGAUACAGUUUGUUAGGCCUCAAUUCAAGGACCGACCUACAGACGGAGAAACGUCUGGGGGUGGAGUGAGACUUGAAAGCUUUUGAACUGAAUUCAACCUGAAUGAUAAAAAGUAGCAGCUUUGAUGUUGCUGAGUUCAAAUAACGCUCACACAGUUUCUGUGAUUGACAGGCAGAGGCAGAGAGAUGUCCAGAGAGAUGCUCACAGAGACUUUUGACUAUGGAUGAAAAAGCACCUGUAUGGUGAUUUACUUGUUAAAUAAGUGUUAACAAAGUUUUAUUAUUGAGAUGUCAUGAGCAGGUUUUUGGGAACUGAGAAACAUUUUAUUUGAUGAAUUCAUUUUAAAGUUAUUUUGUACUAAUCAAAAAGUGCAUGUAACUUGUCACUGUACUGCUUUAACUCCACUGACUUUCAGCAGCGUUGACAACAUUUUCAUCCAUUAUAUCUGCAAUAAUCACAUUGGUGCAAGGGUUUUUAUGUUAAGUAAAAGGACUGAAUUCA